GCUCGCAAAGGGGAAGCAGACUCAAGCACUGCACGGGCAGGUUUACCAAAGGUCUCUCUAAUGGGUAUUUUCUUUUUCUUAGCCCUGCCCCUGAAUUGUCAGACGGCGGGCGUCUGCCUCUGAAGUUAGCAGUGAUUUCCUUUAGAGCCCGGCCUUAUCUCCGGCUGCACGUUGCCUGCUGGUGACUAAUAACACAAUAACAUUGUCUGGGGCUGGAAUAAAGUUGGAGCUGUUUACCCCCACUCUAUAGGGGUUCAAUAUAAAAAGCCGGCGGAGAGCUGUCCUAGUCAGACGCGCUUCUGCAUCGGCGCUGCGGCGAGCGCGCAGAGGGUCCUCGGUCGCGCUGCCGGGUUCCCCCCGCACGCCACCGCCGCGUGCGUCUUCAGACCGCUCCCACUGCCGGCCCUCCUGGCAGAAACUUCUUUUGCUGCCCGUUAAAAGCGCCCUGAGGCUGAAGGAUCGCGUUGAGAUCUGAAUAACCAGAAGCGCUUUGAGGCAACUGAAGCUCUUUUUCUUCGUUUUCCCCUGGGUUUCGUUGGCAGGGGAGGAUUUUGAUCCGCGCCCCCCCCUUUUUUUUUUUAAUUUUUUUUUUGCACCACAAUGGAUUAUUUCCCCGUGAUUUUCUCUCUGCUGUUUGUGGCUUUCCAAGGAGCUCCAGAAGCAGCGGUCUUGGGCGCGGAGCUCAGCACUGGCCUGGACAGCGGAGGGGAGAAGCCGGCUCCCAGUGCGCCCUGGCGGCCGCGACGGUCCAAGCGCUGCUCCUGCUCUUCCCUGUUGGAUAAGGAGUGUGUCUACUUCUGCCACCUGGACAUCAUCUGGGUCAACACUCCCGAGCACAUCGUCCCGUAUGGACUUGGAAGCCCUUCUAGGUCUAAGCGAUCCUUAAAGGACUUAUUUGCCACGAAGGCGACAGACCACAGGAACAGAUGUCAGUGUGCCAGCCAGAAAGACAAGAAGUGCUGGACUUUUUGCCAAGUGGGAAAAGAGCUCAGGGGUCAAGACAGUAUGGAGAAGGGCUGGGAUGACCAGAAGAAGGGAAAAGACUGUUCUGAGCUUGGAGAAAAGUGUACUCAUCACCAGCUGGUGGCAGGAAGAAAAAUAAGAAGGUUGGACGCCAUCAGGAAUAGCAUCAAAACAGCUUUCCGUGUUGCAAAGCUGAAAGCGGAGGUCUACAGAGAGAAGAAAGUGACCCACAACCGAACGCACUGAUUGAUGGCAGGUGGCCGGGGCCUGUCACAUGCCAUCUCCUCCCCGGAGGGAACCCUGUGGCUGAUUCUGCACUCUCUCCACAUGGUUGGGAUCAGAGCAAAAGCAUCCUCCCUGCUUAGACCGUUUCUUGCUCCAGACUGGCAACGGGCCAGUGUCCUCACUGUAAACUUUCCAGGGAAGGUUAAGGAGUCCCCCCAAUCUGUCUUCAUUUGCUUCCAUCAGUGGUGACCGCUUCCGUCUUUCCUCAUCUGGGGUGAUAGUUGGACCACGCAGAAAGCAGAGAGACACAGUGACUUGUGGAUUAGGGUGGCAUCCUCCAGAGGGAGGACAGGAGAUUCCACACGCGGUGGAAUUUCUGAAGAGGGUCCGAAGGGAGUGUUUGUGUCUCACUCAGGCGCCUGGCACGUUUCAGGGAGAAGCUCCAAAGUCCAUGCAAAGAUUUUCUAAGGAAUGCACAAAUUGAAAACACACUCGAAGGACACUCAAGUAAAAAAAAAAAAAAAA